GAAACAUAUAUUAUUAAUACACAAAUGUAAAUUCCAAAUUCAGAUAUUUACAAUUUUAUAAUAGUUACACUACGACUUCAAUUUACCUACUAUUAUUUAAUAUCUAAUACAAGAUAAUAAGGUAGAUAGGUUCAUCAAACAUCUUAAUAUCUUAUAACACAUAAGAAGACAUCUGAAGAAUUUCAAUUUUAAUUUAAAAAAUGAACAAUAAUAAUUAUAGUAAUGAUAAGUGUAAAAUUAAAAACAAUACUCCGGCAAAGACAGAAAUAAAAAAUUUACAUAAGGAUAAUAUACAAGAAAGACAACCCAAAACUUGCCAAGAAUUAUGGAGAAGGUGUGAAGUAUUGUGUUCGUCAAUUAACCCAUUGGAGAGAAUCAAGUAUCAAGGAAGUGGAUGUUGCCGCAUGUCACCUAUACCUACUACAGAUGAUUUUAAACUAUUGUUUGAGCCAUUGUUUUCCAGGAGAACAACAUUUGCAUUUUAUAAAGAAGUAUUCCACGUGGACCAAAGAUGUACGUGUAUGAAAUUCAAUGGUAUUGAAGAAGAAUGUAAACACCCAGAAUGCAAACAGAAUUUGAAAUGCUUAAGCAUACCAUUAGCAACAUGUUCACCAGCUGAAAAUUGGAAAAAAUACUAUGGACAAACUUCAUAA